GUAUUCAAAGCUGCGAAGGAUUCAAUCAGUUGCAAUGGCGUCGACCAGGUCGCCUCUCCCGCAACUCAACGAACCCUCCACGCCAUGGCACCACCUUUCCACGCCCCACAGCCGGCGUCGCCCCCGUCGCCUCAUUUGCCCGAUCGCCGCCACAACCUCGGGCAGAGAGCUAGCCAAGGAAGCGGUCAUCGGGCCUGUCAAGCUCCCGAUCCGGAAGAUCCCCGGAGGCGGCGGCAUCCCCCUGAUCGGACCGCUUAGGGACCGCCUUGACUACUUCUACAACCAAGGCCCCGAUGAUUUCUUCAGAUCCCGGAUCCGGAAGUACCACUCCACGGUCUACUGGGCGAACCUGCCGCCCGGCCCCCUCGUGGCUCGGGACUCGCGCGUCAUCCUGUUGCUUGACGGGAAGAGCUUCCCGGUGCUCUUCGACGUCACCAAGGUCGAGAAGAAGGACCUCUUCACCGGCACCUUCAUGCCCCCGGCAGAGCUCACGGGACGGUAUAGAACAAUCCCCUAUCUCGACCCGUCGGAACUGAGCCACGCGAAGCUGAAGAAGCUCAUGUUCUUCCUCCUCAAGUCUCGCCGUGAUCAUGUCAUACCCGAGUUUCGGUCGACCUAUGGCAAGCUCUUUGACGCUCUCGAGCUCGGUAUCUCGUCAAGAGGCACUGCGGACUUUGGGGCUGCGAACGAGCAUGCUGCAUUUGACUUCCUGUCUCGUGCAUUGUAUGGAGUGAGCCCGAGGGAGACCGAGCUCGGUCUUGAUGGGCCUCGAUUAGUCAGAAGAUGGGUCCUGUCCCUGCUCGGUCCAAUCCUCACGCUGGGUCUCCCGAGGCUCCUGGAGUACGUGACUAUCCACACUUUACAACUCCCGCCAUUUUUCAUCCGAGAAGACUAUACUAGGCUGUACAAUUUUUUCUACUCUGCGUUGGGGCAUGUGCUCGAUGAAGCCGACAGGAUCGGGCUCUCCCGAGAAGAAGCGUGCCACAAUUUGCUAUUCGUCACGUGCUUCAAUGCCUUCGGGGGCAUCAAGAUUUUCUUUUCAAACUUGCUCAAAUGGAUUGGCAGAGGAGGAGUCAUCCUGCACACGCGACUAGCACAGGAAAUCCGAUCAGCACUGAGAUCCAAUGGAGGAGAGAUCACGAUGGCGAUGAUGGAACAGAUGCCUCUGAUGAAGUCUGCAGUGUAUGAGUGCCUAAGGAUCGAACCGCCUCUACCUUUACAGUAUGGCAGGGUGAAGAAGGAUUUAGUGGUAGAAAGCCAUGACUCAGCCUUCUUGGUGAAGACCGGGGAACUUAUGUUCGGGUACCAACCAUUUGCAACCAAGGACCCGAGGAUAUUUGAGAGGCCGGAGGAGUUUGUGGCAGACCGGUUCAUGGGCGAGGGCGAGAGGUUGCUGAGGCAUGUGUUGUGGUCCAAUGGACCUGAGAAUGCAAGCCCGAACCUUGGGAACAAGCAAUGUGCCGGAAAGGACUUGGUGGUCCUGGUAGCGAGGUUGAUGCUGGUGGAGCUGUUCCUUCGGUAUGACUCGUUCGAUAUAGAGGUGGGAGCGUCAUCUGUUGGUGCAUCUGUCAUGGUCACGUCCCUUAAGAGAGCUACAUUCUAAGAGCGGCGAGGCAAUCGGUCUCUCUGCAGUACUAACUCGAUUAUAGGGAUUACUGACAUGUACAGCGGAGUAACAAAACCUGCACCAUAUCUGAUACAAUGGCGGAGAGAAAACGGAAUCGAAUUGCCGCAUAGAAGUAUAAUGAUUGUAGUUUAGCUGAGUAGCAGAGUAUUAACUUUCACCUGCUCCCAUGAGUAAGUAAUCUCGACCCGUGUCACCAUUGUUCUCUGGUUCGACACUUUUUCUUUACAUCAUCAGCUAUCCCCUGGUGGAC